GGGCGGAGCUGGAGGGGGGUGGUUCGGCGCGGGGGCCGUUGGCUCCAGACAAAUAAACAUGGAGUCCAUCUUCCACGAAAAACAAGAAGGCUCACUUUGUGCUCAACAUUGCUUGAAUAACCUACUGCAAGGAGAAUACUUCAGCCCUGUGGAAUUAUCUUCAAUUGCACAUCAGCUAGAUGAGGAAGAGAGGAUGAGAAUGGCAGAAGGAGGAGUUACUAGUGAAGACUAUCGCACAUUUUUGCAGCAGCCUUCUGGAAAUAUGGAUGACAGUGGCUUUUUCUCUAUUCAAGUUAUAAGCAAUGCCUUGAAAGUUUGGGGUUUAGAGCUAAUCCUGUUUAACAGUCCAGAGUACCAGAGGCUCAGGAUUGAUCCCAUAAAUGAAAGAUCAUUUAUAUGCAACUAUAAAGAACACUGGUUUACAGUUAGAAAAUUAGGAAAACAGUGGUUCAACUUGAAUUCUCUUUUGACGGGUCCAGAAUUAAUAUCAGACACAUACCUUGCACUUUUCUUGGCUCAGUUACAACAGGAAGGUUAUUCUAUAUUUGUUGUUAAGGGUGAUCUGCCAGAUUGCGAAGCUGACCAACUUCUACAGAUGAUCAGGGUCCAACAGAUGCAUCGACCAAAACUUAUUGGAGAAGAAUUAGCACAACUUAAAGAACAGAGAGUCCAGAAAACAGAUCUAGAACGCGUCUUAGAAGUAAAUGAUGGGACAGGAAUGUUAGAUGAGGAUGAGGAGGACUUCCAGAGGGCUCUGGCACUAAGUCGCCAAGAAAUUGACAUGGAAGAUGAAGAAGCCGAUCUCCGCAGGGCCAUUCAGCUCAGUAUGCAAGGUACUUCCAGAAAUAGAUGUCAAGAUAUCCCACAGACAUCAGGUUCACAUCCUACUUCAGAAGAGCUACGGAAGAAAAGAGAAGCCUACUUUGAAAAGCAGCAGCAGCAACAACAAGCUCCACCAGGACAGCUUACGCAUCUGUGUGAAAAGUCGAGCACAAGUUCUGAAGCACCAGACAGUGAUCUAGGUGAUUCUAUGAGUGAAGAAGACAUGCUUCAGGCAGCUGUGACCAUGUCUUUAGAAACUGUUAGAAGUAAUCUCAAAACAGAAGGAAAAAAGUGCACUGUGGCAGUGCCGUUUGCUCAGGACCAGCUCUGCAGCCCUUGUGCGUGCUCUCCUCUCUGAGUCGUUCUGCCGUGAAUACACACACAGUCCUUCCUGUCUGGUCCUUAGAAAAGCCGGGCUUCCAAAGCACUGUUGAACACUGAGGAUACUGUUGUUAAUGUGGAUGUUUGAUGAGUUGUAUUUUAAAUAUCAAAGAUUAUUAAAUAAAGAUAUUGUUUGCUUUUUUUUA